UGCAUAACGUCAUCACUUUCUCAAGCACCGCACUUGACAGCAGAGCAGCUUCUGAUCGCGGUAUACCUUACAAAAGAUCGGUUUUCUUCUUUCCCGAAUUUAUUUAUAGUUAAACUUUCUAACCAUUCAAAUUUACUUGUAUGUAAUUUUUACGGCUUCCAUUAUUCCAGCAGAAACUGGACGAAUGGAAGCAGUUGUUGUAAUUUCGAAUAUAACAGUAUUAUAAUUAAGAUUUAAAUGAUGCUGAAGGACUGAAAUUGUAAACGCUGAAAUUGUACAUUAUUCUAAAGAUUGCAGGUGAUGGGCUGAAACUGAGGCUUUCCACUUGGAUGUUAUGGCAUUUAUCUCAGUAAAAGUGUCCACUUUCCGCCUUUGUCAUCCUGUUGUGGUUAUCCUGGCAGGUGGUGCUUUUAUGAGUUUCUCCAUAAUCUAUUAUUUUGCCCCGGUUUAUCUGUAUACUGAACAACAGUCAAAUGUUGUUUAUUGCGAAAUACCUUGCAUGACCUCCUGUGGUCAGCAAACCAACAAUACAUCACGUUCAUCGGGGGUCACUCCUCGAUUUUUUCAUAUCACCAGUUUCGACCUGACUUGCCUGAUUGUUCAGGACGAUGCUUGGAAUUCCUAUGUCGAUGCAUUUAAUGAAAAAGUUCGGAGGAUUUUUCUUUCAAAUUCGGUUAAACAAUUUAUGACGGCAUACACCAACGACUGUCAUCCCAACCGGCGUCUUUUCGGUGGAUUUCUGGGACACAGCCCUGGAUUGGGAUUUGGCUCCUAUCUAAGCAAUGGACUAGGCGCGUAUCACAUUGCCCAGAAGACAGGGCGACGCUAUCAGCUGGUACACCACGAAUGGCCUUACGAAAAUCUGGCCACAUAUUUUGACGAUUUCGCCCGUUCCACUCAGUGCCCUUUAAUGGCCGAUUUGUCUGACUGGCAGGCCGAGCGAUUAUUGCGCCAUGGUGGCACAUACACUGUAACGUACGAAAAUAACACUGUAACGGUCUCGAAGGAUGUGGACGCCGCUCCGCUGAACUCCGCUCCAGAAUUCGACCAAAUGCGUUACGUCAUUAGGAAACUGUACCAGAUAGAUUUUCCCGGGGAAUUUCGCACCAAAUCCUUGCUUGCCAAAUCUUUGUGGCAGUUAAAACCGGAAUUUCGUGAGUUUAUUAAAGUGCUCCUAUCCAGCGCUUUAUCCAACGGAUUCAUCGGUGUUCACAUGCGCCGCACGGACAAGAUCACCAGCAAGGAAAUGGCUGAUAUUCCCAUUGAACGCUUUGCCGAAGAAAUUCGCAAAAUUUUGGAGACUGAAGCUUAUGCACGCUGUGUGGUUUUUGUCAUGACCGAUGACGAGGCAGCCUUUGAAUUGCUGCGGAAUCUGUUGCGGAAGGACACGUGCAGUGUGCACAGUAUUGUUGAUCUGUCGCAAGUGCAUGGAUUUAAUCCGAAACAGUUGUUUGUCAAUCCCCUAAAGCAGGUGAAUCACCACGUGACACGGUUGGAUAGAGCGUACUGGGUUAAGCAUACGACGCAACUGAUUCUGGAGGUCACCAUACUGGCGUUGGCCGAUGACGUGGUCUGCACGCUGAGCUCAAACCUAUGCAACGUGGUGGCGCUGCUGCGCGGUUCGCGAAAUGGGACUCUCCAUUCUCUGGAUGUCGACUGGUGCCCGUCGAAUUACACGGGACACCAUAUAUCUUGCGUGUUGCACGCAGUGUGAUAUGCGAGGAUAUACUUGUUUACUAAUUUGUUGGUAUUUCGCUAGUGCAACGUUUUGUCCGGGCAUUUGACACCUUUGUUUUCGGAUGUUUUCUUAAAGCGAUCUUAUACGUAUCUUUUAAGAGGAUCUACUAAUAUAUAAUUAUGGUCUUGUAGCCUGAUGUUUACCAAAGUU